UAAAAAUGACUUAAAAUAAUCGAAAAAUAAAUUAAAUUCAGUUAAAAAAAGAAACAUAAAAAUGUUAUAAAACAUUAGAAGACUAAUAAGAAGUAAUAAACAUCUUUUUAAAGAAAAGUAUGACAGCAAACAUCAACUAGUUUUCGAGGAAAACUCUGCUAUAUAAGCACGAAUUUUUCUUUACAUAUAGAUCCGCGUUUGUUUGAUAUGGUAGAAUAUUUCCCCCGUGGUGGUUAUGUUAUCGAGGAUUUGCUUUGAUUAGUCGAAUUUUUGUUACUUUUCUUGGUUCAAUGCGGGAAUUCACAGCUGUGUUUCGCACGUUGUUAAGCCCAUUAAGCCCACGCAUUUUAUUUGCCUUGUUUGAUGAGGUAAAGCACGUAAAAACAAAGUACGUCGUAGUUGCUUUUAGUUGUGCAAAAUGACUAGUACUCCAUCUUCAGAGGGAGGCAGCGAAGAGCUUUUUGAUCCCUUGCCAGAAGAGCUACAUAACGUCCAGUCCGUGAUUCAUGUCACUCGAGAGAAUAUCGAUGCAUUGAAUGCAAAAUUUGCUAACCUGCAAGAGCCACCAGCGAUGUAUAUAGCUGAAUAUCAGGAACUAACUUCAAAAUUGCAUGAAUUGGAAGCUAAAGAGGCCGAACUGCUGGAACAGUUAAGUGCACAACAAGAAUUGGAAUUGAAGCAACAAUUGCAUACACAAUAUCAGCAGCAACUUCUCAGCGGUGACUACAGCUGCCAGUCACAUUAUCAAAAUCAACAACAAGUACAAUUGCAACAACAGCAGCAACGAAUAUAUCAGAGAUGUUUAUACAAUAAUAAUAGUUCUGGAGGAGGAGGAGGAGAUAUGACGGAUAGUUUUAUAUCCAAUCAUAACAGCAGUCAUUGCAAUACUCUAACACGCCAGCGAAAAGUUUUACUUAGAGCUCAUUUGCCCAAUCAGCAAAGAACGUCCGUCGAAGUAAUUGCUGGGGUACGAUUAUGCGAUGCUCUAAUGAAGGCUCUGAAACUACGACAGCUUACCCCCGAAAUGUGCGAAGUUAGCACUACGGAGAAUGGACGUUACAUUAUACCUUGGCAUGCAGAUAUUGCCAGCCUGCAGGUGGACGAGAUCUAUGUACGAUUGUUGGAUAAAUGCCCUAUAAUGACUCACAUAUCGCACCAAUUUAUACGUAAGACAUUUUUUUCUCUGGCCUUUUGUGAGGGAUGUCGCCGCUUGCUGUUUACGGGUUUCUAUUGCAAUCAAUGCAAUUUUCGGUUCCAUCAGCGCUGUUUUGAUAAGGUGCCCACAUUGUGUCAACAAUUCCCGGUCGACAGUUACUAUCAGCGUUUACUAGCUCAGAAUCCAGAGAAUGCUGUCGGCAUUUUGUAUUCAGGUCGUGGUUGUGCUCCAGAUUUUCAGACCCGUCAUCCGCGCUCCAUAAGUCAACAGGAUCGCUCAAAUUCAGCUCCGAACGUUUGCAUUAAUAACAUAAAACCUUUGACUGAAGCUCAAUGCAAGCUAAUCCAGGUUCAUGGCCCUUCGCAAAUGCAAGCAAAUUAUUUAAAUUCCACUCAGGCUUCGCCCACUGGCACAUUGAAACAUCUAAAGAAAGAGAAUCGAAGCUCGGAAGAAAAUUGGAAUAUACAAGCCGAAGAAAUCCUAACAGGACCUCGAAUUGGUUCUGGGUCAUUUGGAACUGUAUACAAAGCUCAUUGGCAUGGUCCAGUGGCUGUAAAAACCCUAAAUGUAAAAACACCCAGUCCGGCUCAACUGCAAGCAUUCAAAAAUGAAGUGGCCAUGUUAAAGAAAACCCGCCACUGUAACAUAUUACUGUUUAUGGGUUGCGUUUCUAAACCAUCAUUAGCUAUUGUAACCCAAUGGUGCGAGGGCAGUAGUCUUUAUAAGCAUAUCCAUGUGAAGGAAACAAAAUUUAAACUUAAAACCUUAAUCGACAUCGGGCGACAAGUGGCCCAAGGUAUGGAUUAUUUGCAUGCUAAAAAUAUUAUACACAGGGAUUUGAAAUCCAAUAACAUUUUCCUACAAGACGAAUAUUCAGUAAAGAUAGGAGAUUUUGGUCUGGCUACUGCGAAAACGCGAUGGUCAGGCGAAAAGCAGGCACAUCAGCCAACAGGCAGUAUCCUAUGGAUGGCCCCCGAAGUUAUACGUAUGCAAGAGCAAAAUCCAUAUUCAUUUCAAUCGGACGUUUACGCUUUUGGUAUUGUUCUGUAUGAACUGCUGGGCGAAUGUUUACCUUAUAGUCACAUCAAUAAUAAAGAUCAGAUUUUGUUUAUGGUUGGUGUUGGUCUUCUAAAACCAGAUAUGUCCAAGGUGCGUUCUGAUGCCCCACAGGCUUUAAAGCGGCUCACAGAAGAUUGUAUUAAAUACGAUCGCAACGAACGGCCUUUGUUUCGCCUACUACUCAAUAUGUUGGAAUAUAUAUGGCGAACUUUGCCCAAAUUGCAUCGAAGUGCUAGCGAUUCAACAUUAAUUCAAAGCCAACUGCAACAUGAUGAUUUCCUAUACGUAUGUCCUAGUCCCAAUACCCCGGUGAACCUUAACAAUUUUCAAUAUUACCACAGCGCUGGCAAUAUCUAGCGAUGCUGAUCCUUUACUAUGCUUGUGAUUUCAGAAACUUCAUAUUAUUACAACAGUAAGAGCGACUCAAAAAUUUUAAACAAGCAAUUGAAGUGCUAACAGUGCAACAAGAGUAAAAGACGCUUUAAAGUUAAAAAGAAUAAAAUAUAUUAACAGAAGUUGUUCGCAGGAGAAAGAAAAUCUCCAUCUGAUAUUACAGUACUGCACAGGCGUAAGUUAAGCACAAAUUUUGCUGAAGAUUUAAAACAAUAACAGCAACUUUAAUCAAAAUCAACAAAAGCCUCAAUCUUGAAUUCAUUAUUUGUUAACUAUGUAGAUGAUUAACAUUUAACAAAUUAUCAUAGGAUAUGUUUUCUGGUUUAUUUUCAUUAAUUAUUACCAUUA